AUGGCCUUGUCAGAUCACAUCACCCAUCCCGGUGCUUCUCGGCGCUGGGACAACAAACAGCAAGCACAGCAGGACCUUCUUUCUCCACAUCUUCACAGGGCGCACCUGAACCUCGACCUCGACCUUGACCGCGCGUAUCCCUCCGACCGAAAAUAUUUUCGGAGACCCAGCACAGUCGCCAACGAUACGCCGCGAUCUCGGAGUAACUUCCGAAUGACCAGAACAUUGAAAGACGCGUUCGAAGCCACAUCGCGGACAGCCGACAUGGACGUAAGUUCAGCGCCAAUCGCGACAACGAAUGACCGCACCCCCAGUCCAAGGCACCGACAGCAGCGAAGUUAUACUCUGCCUUCUCCCUACGCAGAAGUCACCAGCCCUCCGCCUGCCGAAAUACUCGAGACGUACCAGAGAAUCAACGAUGCAGACGACUUGGCAGAUUUGGUAUCAGAGGUCAAUCAAGGCUAUCCUGAGAAUGGAAUAUCUCGGAAAAGUUCUGGAGAACGGAGGAGGCGCGAUUCUCCUGGAUCUUUGAACAAUCGUCAUUCUCGAGGCGAGAAUUUGGACCUAGGUUUUAGCUACCUAGACGAUGCCACAGAUGAUUAUGUGCGUGGGAAAUUGUCAACCUACAAACGCGACGAAGAGCGUUUAAAUCGCGUAACUACGAGUCAAUCACCGGUUUUUAGCAGAGCUAGGAUUGGGUCAAGAGCGGAGGGUUUGCAAAGACGCGAAUCUGAUCUACAAGCCGAGGAAGCAGGCCAAGAUCUCGGAGAUGAUGGGCUUCAACUUGGAUUGAAUGUGCCCAAAACCUGGGGAAACAAAUCGAGAAGCCACCGACAAUGGCUGACCUCGAUCACAGGCAAUACCCCUCGCGCUGAUGCAUCUGGACGCAGUAGUGAACGAGAAAGAAGAGCUAGAAUUGAAUCAAGAAGUCGUUCACCUCACAUUACUGACAGAUCACCCUCACGAUUUGACCGGAAAACCAGUCAAGAACUUGCAUCGGCAUCGGAAAGGUCUCGUCUGGGUGCCCCUCCAGCAGACGGUCUUCACAACAGUGCGCGGUCCAGAUCGCGAUCUCUGGGAAGAAGUGGUCUUAAUGGCGACACCAUUCCAAACACGCCGAUAACGAUCUACAAAUCAACGGCUAGAGAUCCGUUUCAAAAACAACGAAGCGAUUCUCGAGAGCUGCUCCGCAAAUUGGCCCGCACCGAAAGUCCUCCACAACAGAACACACCCGCACAACAAAAAACAGAGCAGACGCUGCUUCCGCAAAAAACUCCGGUUGUGAUAGGAGCUUGGGUUGAUACACCCAUGACCGUACGAAAUACGGACAGUAAUGGGGACGACGAUACCAAAGAGAUCGACUCUCCAAGCAAGACAGCUCCCAAGUCCACCACAAUUGCACCGACUAAAGCAUCGCAACUCCCUUCGUCCAAGGAGGAAUCAGUCGAUAAGACCACAAUUAAACCUGACAGACAAGAACCAGCCUCAAAACCCAAUGUGUUGGCUGAGAAGUCGGCAAAUAUUGACAGCAAGAAACAGCCAAAGCCAGAACUCGUCAAAUCCAAACUACCAAAGAGCGCUCUAGAGACUUUUAUUGAAGAUGCGAAAUCGAAUGGUAACCCUCUAUCGUUAGGUGAUGACACAAUCGCCUCUUUAGAGGGACUGAUGGAUAGCGCAGACGGCGAGCUACCCUCUAGAUUUGCGAACAUGAAAGAAGAGGAGUUCGAAAAGAAGCUUGAUGCAGUCAAGGCAGACACAACCCCAACUCAGAGUUUUGACAAAUAUACGAAUUCUCUAGAUCACCUGGGUUCGAAGUUGCAGUCAAUCAUUCAUAGCAUACAGGAUGCGCGCUCAGGCCUCAAUGUGAUUGAGCAUGCUAUCGUACCAGGGAACAGCAAGGCUAUAGAUGCAGAGGGAAGUUUUUGCGAAACCUGUGGUAAUGCUCAACAUGGCCAUGGCGAUGGACGUGUUUACCUUGCCAUCCCCAUCCCUCGUCUCUGGAAACGAGACUGCAAAUCUCAGCGAUUAAGACCGACCUACCUUGGCUGGGCAACGGCCGUUUUUGGUUUGUGGUACAUCCUUGAGAGUAUCAUGUGCGAUAUUUACUGCCAUCCUAGUAUCGCCGAAGUUUGUGAUGGCUAUUGCUUACAACCGGACGCUCCACAGUUCCCUUUUGUGCUCCCGACAAUGUUCUGGCGCUGGUCACAUCUUUCGAGUAUCCUGACCCCGAUAAUCACUCUUCUAGUCGCAUUUGUACGCCUGAUAGCGCAAUUAUUUGGCCUAUGGGAUGGCUAUGUUGACGACGGUCAGUAUUCUGACAUUCAAUGGCCGUCGUCCUCUUCGUCAUAUCAGAACGAUAUUCCAAUCGGCAGCUCUGAGCACCGUGGGGAACGCAAUGGACUCUUUGGUCUGUGGUCUGGCGGUGGGCAGAAACACUCGGCAUCCAGUGUAUUGACGACCUCAUUCACAUCAACCGCUUCCAUGCCAACUAUCCUACAAAAUGUGAUUCACGACCCUCACGGCGAUGAAACGGGCGACAGUAUCGAUGAUGAUGAAAUAGUUGAAUCUUCUUCCUCUGGAGCUAUGUAG